AUGUUCGCGAAAGCUCUCUUCGUCGGCGUACUCGCUGCAUUCGCCGCUGCCCAAGGCACCUCGUCGACUCUGUACUUUACCCGUGUGCCUAGCCCCAUCACCGCAGGACAGCAGACGGCUCUGACCUACGCCACUGGUGAUACCACCUCGCCGGUCACUAUCUUGCUGAGGAAGGGAAACCCGGGCGACUUGAAGACGGUUGCCACACUGACCGACUCUGCUACCAACGGCCAGUACAUCUGGAGCGUUGACAGGAGCCUUGAGAACGGCGCCGACUACGCCCUGGAGAUCAAGCAGGGCAACGAGCUGAACUACUUCGGACCCUUCCAGAUCCAGGGUGGUGGCCAGGGUGGUAGCUCCAGCAGCUCUUCCGCUUCUGGAUCCAUGACCUCCCACGGUUCCAGCUCAGCCAUCGCAACCAUGACCGUCUCGCAAAACUCCUCCGCCAUCACGACCGCCACGAUCAGCGCAGGCACUGGCACCUCCAUGUCACGCAACCAAACCAUGAGCUCCGCGACCCUCACCCGCACCAGCUCCGAGAGCGCAACCGAGACUCCAGCUGGCACCAGCGGUGCUGGCUUCCAGGGCAGCCAAACAAGUGCCUCUGCUCCAGCCAGCACCGGUGCUGCCUCCUCCCUCGUGGCCACCGGCGGCAGCGCACUUGCCCUCGCCUUUGGUGCCGUGGCCGCAAUUUUCUUCUGCUGA